UUUUGCGGGUCUUUUAUCCAUAACCUCUCCCUACCUCCACGUGUCCUCCUCCAACCCAGCUUCUUCGGCCAUUCCGCUAUCCGAGCUCCAUCCUUCAAACUCAGCUCCGAAACGGUCUCUGCUUCAGUCUUCUUCUCCAUCUUCAACCUCGGCCAAUUCAACAUCAGUCGUAGCUAAGCUCAUGCGAACCACAACGGCACUCCAAAUUUCCUGAAAUGACCCUCUCCUCUCUCUUAGUUUCCAUUCCCAACCCUCCCAAUCUCUUUCCCACAGUGCUCAGACCAAAUCCCAACCAGUUCGCUUUUCCCGCCAACAAGUUCGAAUUUCCAGGCGACUGGAGGAUCGGAAACUACACCGGCUGGAGGCUCAGGGCCAAGCCGAAGGAGCUCGUCCUCGGCAACCCGACGGUGACCGUCGAGAAGGGGAAGUAUAGUUACGACGUCGAAACCCUAAUCAACAAGCUCUCGAGCUUGCCGCCGAGGGGAAGCAUCGCGCGAUGCCUCGACGCGUUCAAGAACAAGCUCAGUCUCAAUGAUUUCGCCCAGGUGUUCAAGGAGUUCGCCGCUCGUGGCGACUGGCAAAGGUCGCUCCGCCUCUUCAAGUACAUGCAGCGCCAGAUCUGGUGCAAGCCAAACGAGCACAUCUACACCAUCAUGAUCGGCUUGCUCGGCCGCGAGGGCUUGCUGGAGAAAUGCACUGAGAUAUUCGACGAAAUGCCGAGCCAUGGCGUGGCGCGGAGUGUCUUCUCGUUCACCUCCAUAAUCAACGCGUACGGCCGGAACGGCCAGUAUGAGACUUCCCUGGAGCUUCUGGAGAAGAUGAAGAAAGAUAGAGUUCCGCCGAGCAUUUUGACUUACAAUACGGUGAUCAACGCGUGUGCAAGGGGUGGCUAUGAUUGGGAAGGGUUGCUGAGUUUGUUCGCUGAAAUGCGGCAUGAAGGUAUACAACCCGAUCUUGUGACUUAUAAUACACUGCUUAGUGCUUGUGCAAAUAGGGGUUUAGGUGAUGAGGCGGAGAUGGUUUUUAGGACUAUGAAUGAGGGUGGUGUUCUGCCGGAUAUUACUACUUAUGGUUACUUGGUCGAGACGUUUGGGCAAUUAGGUAAGCUAGAGAAGGUUUCUGAGCUUCUAAGGGACAUGGAGUUAGGAGGGAAUUUGCCUGAGAUUUCAUCUUAUAACGUCUUACUAGAGGCUUAUGCACACUCUGGCUCGAUUAAAGAGGCAAUGGGUGUGUUUAGGCAAAUGCAAGAAGCAGGUUGCAUGCCUAAUGCAGUGACUUAUACUAUUUUGUUGAAUUUGUUUGGGAAGCGUGGGAGAUAUGAUGAUGUUCGUGAACUUUUUCUUGAGAUGAAAGUAAACAAUACCCAGCCCGAUGCUGCUACUUAUAAUAUUCUCAUACAGGUUUUCGGGAAGGGUGGAUAUUUUAAGGAGGUAGUGACUUUAUUCCAUGAUAUGGUGGAGGAGAAUGUUGAGCCAAAUAUGGAGACCUAUGAGGGAUUGAUAUUUGCUUGCGGAAAAGGAGGACUUCAUGAGGAUGCAAAGAACAUUUUACUUCAUAUGAAUGACAAACAGUUAGUGCCAAGUUCAAAGGCUUACACGGGGGUCAUUGAAGCAUAUGGACAAGCUGCACUAUAUGAGGAAUCUCUUGUUGCCUUUAAUACAAUGAAUGAGAUGGGCAGUAAUCCCACCAUAGAAACUUUCAACUCUUUGAUUGAAGCAUUUGCUAGAGGGGGACUUUACAAAGAGUGUGAGAUGAUGUUAUGGAGAAUGGGUGAAAGUGGUAUUGCACAGGACAGGGAUUCAUUUAAUGGGGUUAUUGAAGGAUUUAGACAAGGGGGCCAGUUUGAAGAAGCUAUAAAAAUGUAUGUUGAGAUGGAAAAGGCUAGAUGUGAUCCAGAUGAGCGUACCCUUGAGGCAGUGUUGAGUGUUUACUGCUUUGCAGGUCUUGUUGAUGAGAGCGAGCAACAGUUUCAGGAAAUUAAAGCAUUGGGCAUACUGCCUAGUGUGAUGUGCUACUGUAUGAUGCUGGCAGUUUAUGCAAAGGUUGACAGGUGGGAUAAUGCUAAUGAAUUGCUGGAUGAGAUGUUGACAAAUAGGGCAUCCAAUAUUCAUCAAGUAAUUGGUCAAAUGAUCAAAGGAGAUUAUGAUGAUGACUCUAACUGGCAGAUGGUGGAGUAUGUGUUUGACAAACUCAACUCUGAAGGCUGUGGUUUGCGAAUAAGGUUCUACAACACACUCCUAGAAGCACUUUGGUGGCUGGGGCAAAAGGAGCGGGCUGACAGAGUUCUCAAGGAAGCAACAAAGCGGGGACUUUUCCCUGAGUUAUUUCGUUCUAACAGACUUGUGUGGUCCGUGGACGUACACAGGAUGUGGCCUGGUGCUGCAUGUGUAGCAUUAUCUGUUUGGCUUAAUAACAUGCAUGAAAUGUUCGAAAAUGGGGAGGAUCUUCCUCAAUUGGCAACUGUUGUUGCAGUGUAA